GAUAAAGCUACCUUACAUUCAUGCUUACUAGUUAAUCAUCUUUGGUGUCAGGUUUCCGUUCGUAUUUUGUGGAGAAACGUAUGGGGUUAUAAAUGCAAACCGCACAAGUUGCACCAAUUUCUCAACACUCUGACCACGUGUCUCCCUAACGAAUCAAAAGAACUAUUACGUAAAAAUGGAAUUUACAUUUCGAGGCAAUCCUCAUUGUUAAAUUACGCAUCAUACUGUAGAGUCCUCUCAAUUCAUGAAAUUGAUCGAAUGAUUCAAUAUGUUCUUAAAAAUCAAUGUAGUACACCAUGGGGCUUAAGAUAUCAUAAAUAUUUGUUAUCACAAGAAAUAUUAAAAAUGUUUAUGAAACAAAUUCCUUCUUUAAAAGAAUUGAAAUGUGAUUCAAUUGAAAAUCUUUCAAACGCUUCCUUUAUACACUUUCCGGGAUCGUUAGAAUGUUUAAAAAAUCUUUCAGUAUUAAAGUGUAGUUCAGGCGUUUAUCCUGAAUUCUUUUAUCAACUAUCCCAAUCGUGUCAUAACAUCCAAUCACUAACUAUAAAAGUCAAAUGUGAGAUCUCAAAUGGAUUAAUAGAUUUAAUCUCGUUGCAAAAUAAUCUAAAACAUUUAACCUUAAUAAUAAUACAAACAAGUUUUGACAAUCAAUGGACCGAGAUCAUACCUUCGUUGACAAAUCACUCAAAAACCUUGAUCAAGUUACGAAUUUACGGGGGAGAGAAUUAUGGACCUUUAUCAUUUAUCGCUGAUUUUAAAAAUUUACAAGAACUUUUCUUAUCAUUUUAUUAUUUAGAUACAUUUGGGGAUUUUAAAGAGUUGCAACACGUUGAUUUUCCGCAUUUGCGAAUUUUAAAAUUUCCGUACGGUUACCCAAAUCAUGAGUACCUAAUCAAAUUCUUGGAGAGAAAUGGAAAGAAUCUAAUAGAAUUUGACAUUGGUGACGAUAACGUCUAUUCAAAUUUAGCUAUAGCCAAAUUUUGCCCAAACCUUAGGAUCCUUUCUACUUUAAUAGAUGAUUUGUCAACAUUGGAAGAAAUUCUCAUUAAUUGUCAACAAUUGGAAAGUUUAAAAGUUUGGUGCGGUAAUGGAAAUGACUUUUUUAAUGAAAGUGAAUUAUUAGAACUUAUCGCAAAAUGUUCACCCAAAAUGUUUUAUGAAUUAAAGAUUUAUUACGCGGAAAACGUACAAUCAGAAUUGCUUUCAAAGGAACUGGAAUCAUUUUUAUCAAAUUGGACGAAUCGGACACCGCUUUCGCUGAUCAUUAUUAAUAAUAAUCGUUAUUGUUCAAAUAGUUUAGACACGAAAAAUGAAAAUAUGCGAAUAAUUGAAAAAUAUCAUAAAUUAGGUAUCAUCAAAAAAUUUAAAAUUUUGAUAGAAGAUGAUGAAUAA